UAAUCCCUUAUGCAGAGUCUUCGAAAACCCCUAUCCUUCACCGUCGUCACCAAAAUUCAUCAAUGGCGAAAUUCCGAAUCCUCUGAAAUCCCCAAACCCGUCAAAUCAUGUCGACCGCGCUCUCAACCCUCUUCUCCAAAGCCCCAAUCAAGCUCUUCCAGCCUCAAAUUCCCCCCCAAUUUCGCCACCGCAACGCCCAAUUCCCGUCGCCGCUGGCCGAAAAGGCGAAGCCUUUGAGCAAAAUCCAGAUUUCCCACAGCUUUUACGGCUCAUUCGGGAAAUCCAUUGAUGGGUUUCCAGUGAAUAGAAGUGGGUUUGUGGUGAAAGCUGAAAAUGAAGAGAAGGAUAUUCGUGGAGAGAGCACUAUGCCGGAGAGAUUCAGAUAUUUGACUAAGGAAGCUCCUGAUAAGCCUGUUAGAUGGCCCUUGCUCAUUGUGCUGGCGUUCUUGCUGUAUGCUUGGAGAACCGUCUUGUGGGAACUAUCAAACUGGAGAAAUGCUCUCGGAGCUCUAGCGUGGUUCUCGGGUUACAUCUCGAAGCUGGUGUUGGCCUUCGUAUUCCAUUUCAUCGGAGAUCCCCUCACCUCCACAAUCCGCCUAGUGGAGACAGCCUUCUACAGUAUCCGAUCCUUCUACUCUGGCAUAGUCGCGUACGCUCCAAUCCCGGAGCUGACACAGAUCAUCGUGCUGACAUCCGCCGUGCUCGCCGUCGCGGAGGCCGCUUCCCCGGACUCCGUGAACAGCCAGCCGUAUCUCCUCACGCUGGCCGGCCUGGUCGGCUUCGCUGCUGUCAGGAACUACAUCACUGAGCUCUUCUUCUGGACGCUGCUCGUGGGCAUGUUCUGUUUCGCUAGGUUUGCGAAGAAGAGAGACUACGUGUCGUCCGCGCUUCCCGUUGCCGCAGUGUUGGCUGCCGUGGGCGAGCCGUGGGUCAGAGUCGCCGUGAUCGGCUCCUACUUGGCCUUGGCUGUCUUCCACCACGCCCAGAGCUCGGGAGGCGCAAGGGACGAUGCAACCACCCGAGCUAUAGAAAGGGCCCCGGUCCCGCUGCUGCUCGCUGCGCUGGCGAUAGGCGUUCGAGUCGCGGCGAACUGGGCCGGGUACCGGCAUUUGACAUGGAUGAUUGUUUAGGAAAUCUUUACAUUAAAUUUAAAGACCGCACCACGAAUGAGUCGAACCGAACCUAUUUAGUUCAUGUUGGCAGGUAUGGUAGGGGAAAUUUUGAGAAAAUAGAAAAGUAUUAUCUUCAUGUUUUGUUUCUUGUUGUAUUUAUCUUACAACUACUUAAUAGAAGUGGUUAAUUGUCAAA